GUUGUUCGAUAUCAAACAACUUUUUUUUUUUCCUUUUUGUCUUUUUUUUUUUCACUUCCACACUAUUUUUGAUCAAAAAAUGACUUCGUUUCUAAACCGAUUACGCCGGCGUCCUUCUCAUGAAUAUGCGCCUAUUCGACAUAUGGAAGAACAUUUUGAAUCAGCUGAAAUCAUUAGAGAUACCAUUAUCGGUUUGUCUGAUGGUCUUACUGUACCUUUUGCUCUUGCCGCCGGGUUAUCUAGUUUGGGAAACUCUAAAAUUGUCGUGUAUGGUGGUGCAGCUGAAAUCGUCAGUGGAAGUAUUAGUAUGGCACUUGGUGGUUAUUUGGCAGCAAGAUCAGAAAUAGAACAUUACAAGACGGAACGACAUCGUGAAGAACGAGAAGUAGAAGAAUGUCCUCAAGAUGAAGAAGAUGAAAUUGUUGAAAUUCUGGAACCUUAUGGCUUGGAUCGUAAUACUAUUCAACCCAUCAUUGAGAAACUCAAGGCGGAUCCUCAAAAGUUUGUGGAUUUUAUGAUGAAAUUUGAAUUGGGAUUGGAAAUGCCGGAUCCUCGACGUAGUUGGAUUUCUGCAUUGACCAUUGGAACAAGUUACUUUUUAGGUGGAUUGAUUCCAUUGAUGCCUUAUGUUUUUAUUGAAGAUGCUGUCUUGGCUUUAUGGGUAUCUGUGGCCGUGACUUCAUUGACUUUAUUGGUAUUUGGUUAUAUCAAGAGUCGUCUGGUGAAUCCAAAAGGUGCUAUAUGGGGCGCUAUACAAACAUUAUUGAUUGGUGCUCUAGCUGCUGGUGCAAGUUAUGGUAUUGUCUAUCUUUUGCCGGACGAAUCUGGUCAAGUCACUCAAUUCUUAUCAAGAGCAACCUAGUAUUAGAAUGUACCUUAGAUAAUUUUCCUAUAGUUAGUAUUCUAUUUUUUUUCUUUUUUGAUACACUUAUAAAUGAUAAUGGAUGAUGAUGAUACAAUAUUUUUUUUAAAAAAAAAAAUUCAUUUUAUUUUAUUUCUUUUUUUUUUUUU